AUGGGCAAGAAGGCGUUCUCCGCGGCCUUUGCCGAGCAGCAUGGCUUGCCAGGGGAUAAGUUUCCCGACACUGAGGAGGAGGUAUUGAUAGCCCAGACAGCGCUGGAUUUGGACUUUGAGAAACUUUCCCUGGAUGACAGAGAAAAAUUGGUGUUCGAUAUCCACGGUCUCCCCAGUAUUGCCCAAGCAAGUGACCUCAAGGAAAGACAGCAAAAGCUGGAUGCAUUGGAUGCGGCAUUGGAAAAUAUUAGUAAUGACGAGCCUCGCAAGUCUGCCUACGACAGUGCUGUUUCUCUGAAUCCAGAGUAUGUCAAGAAACUAAGGACACUGUUUCUCCUAGCCAAUGAGUGGGACCCAAAGUUGGCAGCGGAUCAAAUGAUUCAGCAUUUUGUGAACAAAGAAAAGCUGUUUGGAUCAGGUGAAGUGCUGGGCAGGGACAUUUUGAUGAGCGAUUUGUCGAAAGAAGACAUGGAGCAUCUGAAUAACGGUUGUACGCAAGUUCUGCCCAGUCGAGAUACUGCAGGGCGAGUAGUGAUCUUUUGUGCCCCAGGAUAUGGCGGCUAUUCCAAAGUCACUAAUAGCAUUUGUCGAGCCCUUUGGUAUUUUUUCCAAGCAGUGAUGGCUGAAGAAGGUGCGGCAGAACUGGGACUUGUCAUUGUCGACUACGGUUUGGGCAAAUACGGAAAUAUCCUGGACCUGGAUGUCAUUAAAGAACUCGCCAAUACCUUUGUCGAUGGAGCUUGCCAAAGAACAGUUGUAGAGCACUAUUGCUAUGAUCAUGACGAUCCUGCUAUGCACUAUUGGGCACACGGAGCAUCUGUCUUCUCCGAUGAUUCCUACCGACAUCGCUUAAGGCUUCAUUUUGGGUCCCAAUCCGACGUCUUAUUUAAGCUCCAAACCUAUGGCAUCCCCACACAUGAACUUCCCAUCAACAACGAACAAACACUGGACUACACAUGGCAUCGGCAAUGGAUCGAGAUCCAACGAAAAAAGGAAACAGCCAUGAAUCCAAAGAUAUUAUGUGUCAUUCCCAGGCGCUUUGAUGUUCUCUUUGGGCGUGGUCGGGAUACACGAGUGCAUGCUGGAAACAUAAGGGCAAAGCACCUUGUCGAAAUGAGAUUUGAUGAGUACGAAAAAUCGAACAAAAAAGAAAAGACAAAUAUUGCCAAAGAGAUUGUGGCGCAAAUCAAAGCGUCAAAUGGCCGCUUUCUCAUUUGUCAUGAGGGGAAUGUAUGGCGGUAG